AUAUAUGUGGUUCCGGGGCUUCUGGCUGACAGUUUAUGAAGCUAUUUCUGAAAUUGUUAGAUAUCUACAAAAGAAGGAAGAAAAGCAAAGGAGAAGGGAAAAGAAAUUCGAUUCCAGUUGGGUUGGCUGAUCAGCUGUGGAUGAUCAAUGCUCAAGCUCGAGUGAAUUGGGUUUCUUUUUCUUCAUCAGAUCGUGCCUCAUUAAUCGCUUCUUCAUUAAUCCUUCGUCUUCCUCCGUCGUCGCAGUGCGUAUGCUGCUACGGAGCUCUGUAAUGUAAUUAUGCCACUGGGUUUUCCCCGUUCUUCACCCUUUUGGAGGCAUUCAGUUUCUGGGUCCCAACAGUUUACUCCCAUUUGAGCUUUCACUCUAUCUAUCCCACGUUGUCUUUGUGACUUGAAAUUCAUUCACCAAAAUCGUUUCCUGGGUUUUCAUUUUGACGCGUUCUUCUUCUUGUCCUACGAUUGGACCCAACGCUGCUGGUUGCACUGUGGCCUCAGAGGUUAACCAGCAUCAUAUCUGAAUGGAGAAAGAGCCUCUUCUUCCGUAUAUGAGCCCAAGGGGGAAGCCGCUUCCUCCACCUCCUCAAUUAUUAUGUCCACUCCCUGAAAACGAUGAAAUUACUCUCCCUAUGACACCCACGGAGUUCAAAGACCGCCUGAUCUUCGGUCCUUCAUCGUCUCCGCAAGACACUUCUCCCAUAUUCGACGCCUUGACGCUCUCCCUUUCCUCGUCAAGACCCUCUGCUUCAUCUUCUCUUCAGGACCCAUCUACACCUUUGGCCCCAAAAUCCCAAUCGCCGUCUCAACAGGCAUGGCUUGUGGAUUCCAAUUACUCAUGGCACAAGAGCAACCUCCACCGCUCCAAAACCGCACCUGCCAUGGCCGUCAUCAACGAUGUGAACCAUUCGCAAGAGCCCAAACCACAAUUUGGUAAGCUAUCUAUUAUCCGCCAAGCUGUUGUUCUUCUAAUUCUUUACUUAUCAUUGGGCGUGCUUAUCUAUUGGAUUAAUCGUGAUAAGUUUUCGGCUCACGAGACUCACCCUGUGGUCGAUGCAUUGUACUUUUGCAUUGUAACUAUGUGCACUAUUGGGUAUGGAGAUAUCACGCCCAAUAGUGCUGCGACGAAGCUGUUCUCCGUAUUGUUUGUGUUGGUGGGAUUCGGAUUUAUUGAUAUAUUACUCUCUGGAAUGGUCAGUUAUGUGCUUGAUUUGCAGGAGAGUUAUUUGUUAAGGAAUGUAAAGAGAGGGGUGCAGCGUGAAUCCGGGAAAUCCUAUAUAAUUGAUGUGAAGAAGGGAAGAAUGAGGAUUAGAAUGAAAGUGGCUCUGGCCUUGGGUGUUGUGAUUCUUUGCAUAGGACUUGGCAUGGGUGUAAUGCAUUUUGUUGAAAAUCUUGGAUGGUUGGAUUCAUUUUAUCUUUCAGUUAUGUCUGUCACAACAGUUGGAUAUGGUGAUCAGGCGUUCAAGUCGAUGACUGGUCGUAUUUUUGCUUCGAUUUGGUUGCUUGUAUCGACCCUUGCUGUUGCUCGGGCGUUUCUUUAUUUGGCAGAGGCAAGGGUAGAUAAGCGGCAUAGGAUGAUGGCAAAGUGGAUACUUGGUCAGGAUAUGACUGUCUCUGAGUUUCUUGCUGCUGAUACUGACAACAAUGGCUGUGUGAGUAGGUCAGAGUAUGUGCUAUACAAGCUGAAGGAGAUGGGAAAGGUAUCAGAGAAAGAUGUGAUGCAGAUAUCUAAUAACUUUGAUAGACUAGACACUGGCAACUGUGGGAAGAUUACACUGGCUGAUCUCUUGGAAAGUCAUCACUGAUAUACAAACACGAUACCGACAACGAUUCCCUCGGCAUUUGGAUUCGGAAGGAUUCGAGUUAUGGAUCAUCAAAGAUUGAAAGAGAGAGAGAGCUUGAAUUUCCUACAACAUUUGUUUUGCUCCAUUCAUGUGAUGAUUCUGUACAAAGUUUUGAUAGCAUAGUAACUAGGAAGAAUCUUCUAUAGAAACUAAAAGAUAAUCGUUUGAACUUGUUGAACUGUAAUUUGUUUAUUGGUUUAUAUCUUUGUAUGUUUCCA